CCUGUCCCAGACUCGGAACGUAUUGCUGGCUCCAGGCCUAUCUUCCUCAGGUGACUCGGGUCAGAGCCCACUCCCCUCCCGGGAAGUUCACCUGAAGUCCCUCACGCACCCGAGGGUCCUUCCGGAGCGGCAGCGGCGGGUCCAUGGAGAAGGGUCCGGGGCGGGUGACGCUGAAGUCGCGGGGCGCCAGGUGCAGCAAUGGGUUCCUCGAGGGGGAGCCUCCGCGGCCCGGGCCAAGCCCGCCCGCCGAGAAGCCGCCGCGACCGGAGAGCAAGAGCGCGCAGCCGGCGGACGGCUGGAACGGCGAGCGGCCUCGCAGCGAGGAGGACAACGAGCUGAACCUCCCCAACCUGGCGGCCGCCUACUCGUCCAUCCUGCGCUCGCUGGGAGAGGACCCCGAGCGGCAGGGGCUGAUCAAGACGCCCUGGAGGGCGGCCACGGCCAUGCAGUUCUUCACCAAAGGCUACCAGGAAACCAUCUCAGAUGUCCUAAAUGAUGCUAUAUUUGAUGAAGACCAUGAUGAGAUGGUGAUUGUGAAGGACAUAGACAUGUUUUCCAUGUGUGAACAUCAUCUAGUUCCUUUUGUUGGAAAGGUCCAUAUCGGUUAUCUUCCUAACAAGCAAGUUCUUGGCCUCAGCAAACUUGCUCGGAUUGUAGAAAUCUACAGUAGAAGAUUACAAGUUCAGGAGCGCCUUACGAAACAAAUUGCCGUAGCAAUCAUAGAGGCCUUGCGACCUGCUGGAGUGGGGGUCGUGGUUGAAGCAACACACAUGUGUAUGGUAAUGCGAGGAGUGCAGAAAAUGAACAGCAGAACCGUGACGAGCACAAUGUUGGGGGUGUUCCGGGAGGACCCGAAGACCCGGGAAGAGUUUCUGAGCCUCAUCAAGAGCUGAGCCUCAGCUUGUGCCACGUGGUUUUCAGAUCGUGCAGCUAGAAGCAUUGUUUUGUCUGGUCUUAAUUGUUUGUACAUUCCACUUCCAGUUGUUACAGAUGUAAACUCUCAUCUUUGUCAUUAAUUGUAUUUAAUAAUUAUUUAUAGCAAGUCAAAUAAAAGUAAUUAAUUAA